UUUAGUUUGCGCCUCCAUUAAAAAACAAAACAAAUAAUACUAAUAUGUAUAGUAUAUUAAUUUAAAAUGGACAUAAAUACGUUUUGCCCUUGAUAGCAAUUAUUAAUAUUGAUGGCAUGCGUAUAGUCUAUUAUGCGUUUAAGCUGUGAAAGGGGGAGCGAAAAUGUACUUCUCUCACACUUUUAACAUGAGAUGAGAAUUUUGUUAUCUCAUAUCCGCGUAUCUGGUUUUGCUCAACCGAAAUGCACCUGUUUACGAGUUUAUAUGUGAAAUCCGUAAGGAAUUUUCACAGAUUCGCAUUGAAAUGACGACAGAGUUCAAGAAACUCAGAAGAGCACAAAACAAAAAUGCGCUCCGUCGGACGAAAGGCGCAUUCCCCGCACCGAUGGUCCUUUGCAGAUCACCCUAUCAGGUGCAAAACCACUGACAGGUUUCCACCCACUACCAACCAUAAACCCCUCAUUGCGCUCCAAACCUCCGCGGCGCACAGACAGACAGACCACUGACAGGAGUCCUAUCAUCAUAUCGCUCUUCCAGGAUUUGCAACAGCCUCUUAUUUACAACAACUUUGGAUAACCGUAAAACAAAAACUAAACGCGAGACAUUUUUUUACCGUCCUGUCAGCUUGGAGUUGCUGGGAAACUUUCUCCCUCUCCAAACAAUGGACAUGAAAAGAGUACAAUGAUCUGCGUACGGUGUGCGCUUCCAGGUGUCUACGGCGGGUACGAACGGAAUUUAUCCUUUUUUAUCGCAUGCUGGAUCCAGGACUAAGUAGUUAAGGACGUGGAUUUGUCGGCGAGGAGGAGACACCACGCAACAGUUUUUUCCUGCAGAUUCAAUGUUUGCGCGCUUUGGCGAGAGCGCGGCGUGCGCACGGUCGCGGUAGAUAGGGGACACCACGUUUGUUUGAGUUUAUCCUGAUCUUUUCAAAGCAAGGAAAGCCUCAUGCUGCGCGCAGUGGCACAUUUGCGCUUUCUUCAUCGCUCUUUUCCCUGGGAUUGCACAUCUCUUCUGGGAUUUUGUGCGUGAGACCCUGGCGGGGCUCCGUACGGCACUUACUGGAGCGGCAAACGCUGGAAACAGGUGUAUUUGACCAAGAUGUCUGGUCUGCCUUCAAGGUUCAUCUACGUGUGUUUACAUUUUCUGGUCCUCUACUUCCAGUUACAGGAAUCUCAGCAGAGUUCGGCUGACUUCCGGUUCUACAUCGAGAACCACACUCGAGACGACGUGAGCCGGAAGCAGGUGCGGAUCUAUCAGCUGUACAGCAGGACCACAGGGAAACAUGUGCAGAUCCUGGGCAAGAAGAUCAACGCCAACGGAGACGAUGGGGCUCUGCUUGUCGUGGAAACGGAGACGUUCGGCAGUCACAUUCGGAUAAAAGGGAAAGAGAGCGGAUACUACAUCUGCAUGAACAAGAACGGGAAAAUUAUUGGAAAGCCCAAUGGGAAUAACCAGGAGUGCGUGUUCGUGGAGGAAUAUUUGGAGAACAACUACACGGCGCUGGUGUCGGCCAAAUACAAAGGCUGGUACUUGGGUUUCAACCGAAAGGGUAAACCCAAAAAAGGCUCAAGGACCACGCAGACGCAACAGGAAGUGCAUUUCAUGAAACGUCACCCCAGGGGAAAAGCGGACCCUCUGGAGGAGUUCCGUUUCACCACCGUAACGAAACGAACGCGAAGGGCGCGGCGGUUAAAACCCAACCCCAAAACGAACUGACACCGCGUGGACGAGUGUGCACUGUUUCCCGAGUACACCACACCUGCUUCGCGCCUUAAAACAGACUGAUCAACACGAACUGGAGAAGGAAGGGCGCGCAAUUGAACAAUGAGGCUACGGACGAGACAAGAACCUUUAAAAAGAUGUUCUAUUUUUAUACUGUAUUUCACAAGCGUUUCUCCCAGCUCUUGAAUGUGUUGCUUUUUCUUAACAUAAUAUCUGUGCCUGUUAUUUUAUUUAUACUGGAUUAACUGAGGACGACAUCACAGGAGCGAGUGUCUCCCCAUUCGACAAGUUUACAGCAGAAACGCCGCUGGAAUAGCGACGUGCCGGAAACUUUUCAUAUUUCCCCCGACGACGAGGAUCCAAUAUUUUCACUGGAUUUGGGCAGUCAUGGAGAGCGAUAAUAAAAGGUCACGUGACCUCCAUAAGUAAACGUGAAGCUUUGAGUGCAAUAUUUUGAAGAGCCGUGAGCCCGACGCUUUGUGCAGCCGCUCUGGAGAUCAGACGCCGUUUGGCAGGAGAAACGCUCUGACAUUUUUUGCGUAUGUUGUGAUUCAAGAUGCGUUGACUAGUCAGAUAUGAGCCUCGCCAUUAACUGUGGUAAUAGUUUGGAUAUGAAGGGACUGGAAGAGCUUUGAGAAGCAUUCGACUUUCUGUAUUAAGGUUUUAGGAACGGCAGCGGCCUCGAUGCUCUCAUGUAUGACACUAGCAUGUAAGAACCGUUGUGUACUUUAGCGAAUGCAGAUAAUGCAGUCAAUAUAAACCUGUGUACAACCAAUUUAGGAACCAAAUGCAAGACAUUUAUGCAGAAUGCGUGAACAUUAAGUCCCUGACAAUUGGAGUUCAUUCAAAACAAAAAUCCGACUGCUUUCUUCCAUUCAGAUUACUCUCAACUCUUCUGACCUUCCAGAAUCUUCUGGCUCUGUCCCAAACGACGCCCGCGCGACUCUACAGCGCAUCACCCGACUGUGGUUGACAUUACAUCACCAAAGACAUAAAAGGGGGCGCGUUUGGGACAGAAACACUCCAGUUUUCUGAGACACAGGUGCACAGAGUCUGUGGGUCUAAGAUGUUUAUGAAAAGGUACCGGAUCAUUUCGUCCUCUGCAAACGCUGGACACCAGCCACGGUUGGUGAGGUCUUCUCUCCAUAUGGGUAUAGCUGUAGUAUACACACAAUAUAUACUCAUCGUCUGUCAGACGUUACUAACAAUCAUGACACACGUACGACAAGAAAGUAUGCAAACAAAUAAUAAUUUUAUUACUAUUCUAAAAUAUUUAUUGUCUUUCUGUGUAAAUAUGACUUGAUGAAUUUAUUUGACCUCUGUUAAUAAUAAUAAAAAGAGGAGUAUAUA